GACAAAAGCCCAAAGGGGACAUGAAUUCAUUAAAUAUAUGUAAACACUUUCCUGAUAAUAACAAAUUAUGAUUUAAUUAUGAAAUAAUGAUAAUACUUUCAGGUCUUUUGUCAAGAGCUUGAUUUAGUAUCAGAUGUUCAAAAAUCACAUCUUCAGAGUUGCAAAAACACAAAACAAAACAACUUCAAUUUACCUCAUUGAAGGUAGAGAAAUCCUGGCAUGCACAGAGUGAAAAAGUACAUCUGUUUUGUCUGGAAACCCUUGGGACAUGGGACAAGUAGAACUUUUGGUCAGCCAUGCAGAUUUAUGUAGAUCUAGACAUCUUUCCAUAAGGUCAAAAUAAUUAAAUCGUACAAAUUAUAACCUGAAUGAAAGGUUGUCACUUUGGAUGCAUAAUUUUCUCUGAGGCAAAAUUUUACCAGCAUAAUCAUGCAACUAGGCUAGCCUCUGCUACACUAAUGUCUGUGUGAAUAUAUUUUUAUGUGAUAAGAUUUUUAAGAGUGUGUACAAAGCUUGUUUUUAAAUCCACUGGUCCUUGCUCACCAUAAGAACAAUGAAGUUACAGCAAGCUUGAUUUAGAGGGAAUGGGGUUGUUACAAACAGCACACUGGCCGCCACAAGACAGCAAGUGUUUUGUUAAAUUAUUGGUUUGUGUCUUUCUUGAGAUUUGAUGGUUUAAAGUGUAAAUGUGCACAGUGCCGCUGGCCAAGCAGACUCAGCUCUCCACUUAUAAAGGCUAUAAGCUUCAAUAUAGUGGUCACAUGUUUGACUCCUGGCCCCACCAACCUUUUGUUCCACUCUCUACUUUCCACAUUUCCUGUGUGUCAUCAGCUGUCCUAUCUCAUAAAGUGAGAUUAAGUGUAAAUGUAGACCUAACACCUAUAGUAUUGAGAAACAGAUUCAAUAUUUUUCAGUUUGGAGUCACCAAACACCCCUGAACAAACCCUUUUCCUUAUCUGUAAUUUCAAAAGGGUGUCUCCUGUCUGAAAACAACAUUUUUUGUGAUUUAAAAGUCUGACCCCUAGCUUUUAUGUGGUCAUGUAGCCAUUGUUCGUCUCUGUCAUCGUGGCUCAACUCAUUAUCUCCGUUUCAAAAAUGGCAACAUGUGCCUCGCUUCUAAAAACAGCACGUCCCAUGGUGCAGAGCCUCACUAAAAUAGCUGCGGAUACAAAGCCAUGAAACCCCUCUAAUACAGGACCCUCAAAGUGAAGCUGAUCAGUUAUCCAAUCAAGACGAGCAGAGAGGAUCAGAGGGGCUGGAGAACAAAAUUUAUCAGAGUGAAAGUUUUGACAGAGACAGACUUUUGAGAGAGAGUUUGCCAGAGCUAACUUGGAAAAUAAAAUAUAUUAAUAUUGAGCGGAGGAGAGAAGAAUCCAGAUUGGGAAAAGUAAGUUGGACCAACUUUUUGAUAAUAACCUUUUUUUUUUCUUUAAAGCAUACAGACUAUCUGUAAGAUGGUUUCACUCUAUGUUUUUAUAACAGUAAUAUCAGCCGUUACGCAAUUUGUGCGCCUUCCAGUCACAGUUCUUUUUCAGUUCUUUUUGUUGUGUGAAAACAUUAAAAUUGGGCAUAAAUAAAAGUGUGGCUUUCUGACAGGAUUGCUGUUUGGUGGUCUGGGGGCAUCAGUGAUGUGCAGUGUGGGUGGUCCAGGUAGAGCCAAGCUGGACUGCAGCGUCCUGGAGGAGGACUGGCAGAGAGGACAGAGCUACGCGGCUCACUGGCACAGCCUUACUGGAGUUACAUCACAGCAUCACAGGUGAGUGAUGGCUACCUCCGCAUCAACAGGCUCAAAUAUCAUAACAAUAAAAGGAAGGAACAUCAGUGUGUCUGUUUGUCUCCUGACUCGAACAGGCUGGAAGUAAUGGAGGCAGAUCACUCAGUGAAACACAGAGAAGCCAGAAAACUCCUGCAGCGAUUCCUGUCAGGGGCCAUCAGCAAGAAUAACACACACUCCAAAACUCACUUGACUAGUCAACCCAAUCAGCCAACAUCUGACCCCUCUGACAUGACGGGGUCAAAGGUAAAACAAGAUCCAGGUCGGAGUGAAGACUACUGUGUGAUCAUGAAGCCAAGGAGCAGUGGGCUGGAGAUGAGUGGGAGGAAGAGUGUGGUGAAGAUGACAAAGUUGCAGAGGUUCCUCGGCUGAAUUUUAUUCUCUCAAAGUUUUUUGACAAAUGAAAAUGUGCUUUUAGCGAGGGCAACUUUUUUUGUACCUUAUCUGUGAUAGUUUUUGUGUGUGACAAAAAUUUGUAUGUGUUAUGGCACCUUUUGUUUCCAUUUCAAGAACUAGUACUUUAAUACUAACGAUGAAUUUGAUCCAUACUAACCUUCAACAUGUGUCUAAAACUAGUCAGAUAGAUCAGAUUACUGUGAAAUGCCUUUAAUACUCAUUUGUUGUUGAAAUAUGUUCAGCUGAGAGAUAGAUUGUGCAUGAAAUCUUGUGGAUUGUAAUAGUAUAAUUUGUAUUUUACCGUGACUAUUGAAAAUGUAACUGUAAUCAAGUUUUUCUUGCUUUGUUUAAUAGAUGGAGAAACAAAGAUAGAUGGAAAAUAAAUUUUUGAAUCAUACUUUUGUCUCUA